CAGCUGGCAGCUCUCCAGAAAGUGUGUGGAAAUAUUUUUAUAAUAGUAAGAAACGUCAUGCGUGGUCCAGACAGUGUGUGUGGAUGGCUUUGUACAACAGUAUGAAGCGUCAUGGCGUGGUGUGACCGUGGUUUUCAGACAUUGCUGACUGCCGUUGGGGCCUUUGCCGCUUUCAGCCUCAUGACCAUAGCCAUCGGGACAGACUACUGGCUGUACUCACGGGCUUACGUAUGCAACGCCACCAAUGCCAGCACGGACGACACCCAGUCGCAACCCAAGAAGGCACGGGGUGAUCUUACGCACUCUGGGCUGUGGAGAAUAUGUUGUAUUGAAGGAACCAAUGAAGGAAGCUGUUACCGUAUCAACCAUUUCCCAGAUGAUAAUGGCUAUGACACAGACAACUCAGAAUACCUCUUGCGUAUUGUGCGAGCAUCCAGUGUGUUCCCCAUUUUCAGUAACUGUCUGUUGAUGCUGGGGGGACUGUGUGUGGCCAUUGGCCGUAUCUAUAGCAACAGGAACAACAUCCUGCUUAGUGCAGGCAUUCUGUUCGUUGCUGCAGGCUUGAGUAACAUCAUCGGCAUCAUUGUCUAUAUCUCCAGCAAUGCUGGCGACCCCAGCGACAAGCGCAACGAGGACAAGAAGAACACCUACAGCUAUGGCUGGUCCUUCUACUUUGGCGCUCUGUCGUUCAUUGUGGCCGAGACAGUGGCUGUCCUUGCAGUUAACAUUUACAUAGAGAAGAACAAGGAGGUUCGUUUCCGCGCUCGCCAAGACUUAAUUCGGUCCAUGUGCUCCUCCUCUCCCUACUCGCGCAUACCCAGUUACAGCAACCGCCAGCGAACAUCCCGAUCCAGUUCACGGUCCUCGGAUGCUUCACAGACGAGCUCGCCAACUACGAAAAAGGUCGUAACAUCAGGGUCCUUGGAAGAAUUUACAAUGUACACAUUGACCUGUGACGGAGGGCUGAACGGCGAGGUGACAGAGAAUACAUACAGCCCAGAGCGCAAUUCAGCCAAUUUUCUGCAUGCGCACGACUGCUUCCCUAAUACCCUGGAGGACGGUGUCAGUCAGCGGACCACACCCGUGUGAGAGGAGCUUUGCAAUGGCCAGGAUGGAGGAUAUAGGUUGGCCUUUGGGAAUGGAGGAUCCUCUAGGAUCCCUUCACAUUAGAGAACCAGAUUAGAAAACGCAGACCAAGUGAGAAAACGGAGCCCAUUUUCAAUUAUACACUGAACAAGAUUAUGAACGCAACACUUUUGUUUUUGCCCCUAUUUAC